AUGGCGACAGGGGUAGGUUUACCAGAAAGUUUGUCCGAAAAAUGUGGGUCUGAUGUCCCAUCUGAAGAAUCGUCAGAAAGUGAAGGCGAAGGAGAACCAUCAAAAUCAUUCCAUAGACGGUUAUCUACCUCUAAAACUAUAAAAAAUGGCGUGUGUAUUAAAGAAGGUUUCCUGGCGAAGCAAACAAGCUCUUUUCAGCGAUGGAAGAGAAGAUACUUCAAAUUGAAGCCAAGAAAACUAUAUUAUGCAAAAGAUUCUAAGUCGGGGAUUUUUGAAGAGAUUGACUUGAGGGACUUAAGUAUAGCUGAGUGUAGUACAAAGAAUGACAACCAUGGUUUUCAGCUGAUUACUCCAUUUCGUCAAUUAUUUUUGUGUGCUGACUCUCGAAAAGAUAUGGAAGCGUGGAUUUCAGCCCUGAAGAAUGUUGGGAACAAACAUUUUUAUGAGGAAACUGAAAAUCAUGAUUUCAUGUCUGGUGAGCAUCACUGGUUUAUAACAUCUCAUGCUAGGCCAAACUACUGUAAUGUUUGUAGAGAAGCUCUGUCGGGAAUGACAUCACGUGGAUUAUCUUGUGAAGUUUGCAAGUUUAAAGUACACAAAAGAUGUGCUGUUAAGUCCCCUAAUAACUGCAAGUGGACAUGUUUGGCUACAGUGAGAAGAGAUAUAAUUGAAAAUGAAGAUCGGAAAUUAGUUAUGCCUCACCAGUGGCUUGAAGGAAACCUACCUGUUAAUGCCAAAUGUUGUGUGUGUGAGAAAACGUGUGGAAGUGUGCUAAGAUUACAAGAUUGGAGAUGCCUUUGGUGUCGAGUCAUGGUUCACUCAAGCUGCAAAGUUUCUUUUCCUAAAUGCUGUUCACUGGGAAUCUGUCAUGCAUCUGUUGUCCCUCCUAUUGCUUUGCAUGGUAUUGGUGAUGAUGAUGCCUGGGAAGCUGUAAAACCAGUUGGGUACAGUCCACUUCUAGUGUUUGUGAAUUCUAAGUCAGGUGACAACCAAGGCUUAAAGUUCCUGCGACGUUUCAAGCAGCUCCUUAACCCUGCACAAGUAUUUGACCUUAUGAAUAUAGGACCAGGACUAGGGCUUCGCAUGUUCCAGUCAUUUCAUACAUUCAGAGUGUUGGUUUGUGGCGGUGAUGGCAGUGUGAGUUGGGUGAUGACAGAGAUUGAUAAGUUGAAUCUACAUAAUCAGUGUAAGCUGGGUAUUCUACCAUUGGGAACAGGAAAUGAUCUAGCUAGAGUACUGGGCUGGGGUUCAGUGUGUGAUGAUGACACUCAACUUUCCCAACAGCUAGAAAAAUAUGAACUAGCAUCAACUAAACUUUUAGACAGGUGGAGUAUCAUGACAUGUGAAAAAACAUUACUUGAACCAGAGACAAGUAAAACCUCAUCUACAAAAUUUGAUCCCUUGUUGGUGGAAGACUGUGUUGUUACCCAUCUUACCAAGAUCUUGCAUUCUGACCAACAUUCUAUUGUGAUUUCUUCAGCAAAGGUGUUAUGUGAAACUGUGAAAGAUUUUAUAGCCAAAGUUGGAACUGGUUAUGCACGACAAAGCUCAUAUUUUGAUGACUCUAUAACACAAAAGUGUGCUGUGCUGAAUGAAAAAUUGGACUCAUUAUUAAAUACCCUUGAUGAAGAGGCAAUAGCUUUGUCUUCACCACAAUUUACUUCAGAGCAGCUAAAAAAUGAAGCGCCUGAAUUGUAUGAUGAGGAAAAAGCUGAGAAAGGUGAAAAGGAGAUAUUGGAGGGAAAGAAAAAGGAUGUAUUUAUUCAACGAGAAGCCUUAAUGCGUAGAGCCAAUAGCUUAAAGAAAGCUGUCAGACAAAUAAUAGAGCACAUAGAGAAAGUUGUUGAUGAGCAGAAUGAACAAGUUAAAGAACAACAGCCCCCUGUUGAUGCAGCAGGCACAUGUGAUAUUAACGUAGGUUUCAAUUCAAAUAGAGUAAUGGAAUCUCAGAAAAAGGUCAUUCCAUUGUGUACCACCACGUUCCACUCAGAUGAUGCAUCUUCAACACAACUUUCUCCAUCCUCAUGUUGUAAUCCAUAUGGCUCAGUCAUGGGACAAAGCAUUGGGGGAGCUCUGAAAAACACCUCACAGGUCAUGUUACCUAAUAUUGAAGACAGUAUCAGUGCUGACAGCUCACCCUGUCCUUCACCUCAUUCCUCUGGUCUCCUUACUACUCUUCCUUUAAACUCCCAUUGCCACUCUCAUAAUUCACUUCAAUCCAGCUCCCCUUCUCUUUCUAUUCCUCUUAGAAAGACAAGUCCUGCUUCUAUAUCUUCCAUGUUAACUGACACCAGAUAUGAAGAAAAAGCUGAUAAUGCAACCAUUCCAGAGAUACGUGUGAAAUCUGAGGCAUCUCCUACAGCAUCACGAAGGAUCAGUAGUGGAACAGCUUUCAAAACUACUGGUAAAAUUGGUGUUGGGCACCCCCUACCUCGAGUAGUUGAGCGAGAACAGAGUCAAUCUCCAGAAAGAAAUCCAGUAGAAACUAGACAUUUUCCUAUCAUAAAUCCUCUUACCUCACUUCCCUUGUGGCCUAAUCUGAAUAGGGAUAGUCUAGUUGGAAAGGUUCUGCUUGCUAAUGCAGAUGCUCUUUGUGCUGCAGUAUCACCAUUAAUGGAUAUUGAGGAAAUGCCAGUGGAAGGGUAUGAAGAGAAAUGUGUUAUGAAUAACUACUUUGGAAUUGGCUUGGAUGCAAAGAUCACCUUACAAUUUCACAAUAAAAGAGAGGAACAUCCAGAAAAAUGCAGUUGGCAACUUGUAAUUGCAAAAAUACCUAAAAUUGACCCCUUUUGGGAGUGUAACAUUACGAGGAUUUCUAAUACAAAGUUCUUGUAUUCUUUGAUUCUGAAAUCAUAUUUCAUUGAGAUGUUCUGUUCUCCUGCCUUUGAUGAUAAAAUACUGGAAGUUGUUGCUGUUUUUGGAACUGUACAAAUGGCUGCUUCAAGAGUAAUGAACCUGCAACAUCACAGAAUUGCACAAUGUCAUUCAGUGAAAAUAUCCAUAAUUGGGGAUGAAGGUGUACCAGUUCAGGUGGAUGGAGAAGCAUGGGUCCAGCCUCCUGGUUAUAUUCGUAUUAUUCAUAAAAAUAGAACUCAAGUAUUGUGUCGAAACAGGCACUAUGAGUCAGUACAAAAAAUGUGGCAAGAAAAACAAAAAUCUGCAGGAUCUUUAAGAACAAUCCAUUUAACCGUUUUAUCUGAAGAUGAAGUCCAAGGCCUAACAAGUUUUCUUGAAGCAGUAGCAUCUCUAAAAGAGGGUUUAUCUAUGGGAUCCCCCCUGGUUGCCGUUGUUAUGGAUAGUUUUGAAAAUGAAGCAUUAAGUAAUGCUAAAUUUAAGCCAGAAGUUUGGAUAAGAUAUGUAGAUGACACAUUCAUGGUGUGGCAACAUGGCAACAGCAAACUACAAGAAUUUUUCAGUUAUUUAAAUAGUAAAGAACCAGCAAUUCAAUUCACGUGUGAAAUUGAAGAUAAAAAUAUCAUUCAUUUCUUAGACAUAUUAGUUAGGAAGAAGUUAGAAUCACUAUAUGUGGGAGAGUAUGGAGAAAAUAUCAUCAAACGUGACAUUCAUGGUCCAGAACUACUGAGUCUAGAGAGAGAGAAGAUAUCUCAAGGACUGAAAUUGGAAUGAAGAAAACAAGGAAGCAAUAAACUUUUACUCACUGAGAUUGUGGUUUAUCUUUUGUCAUGAAGUGUGGUGUAGUUAUGUAGUAGGUGCUACAGUGAUUUCAACUGGAGAACGGAACUGAAGAACAACAUGCAUAAAGAAAAAACCUAGGACUCAACAAGGUCAUCAAGAGAAUUCUACAAGCUAAAAGAAAUACUAAUUCCUACAUACAAACAGAAAAAUGUUUAUUUUUUAGCAAUUAUAAAAAAUUACUCAUUUUUACAUGAACUGUAGUCUGUGUUUUAAAAAUUGUGCCAAAAUGUGUAAGUUUUUAUAAGGUUUCAUUUUUAUAAUAAAAAGAAGUUUUCAUUAUUUAAACUUCACUAUGAUCUCAAACAGAAGAAAUGUUUGGAGACAAAAAAAGGGAGAACUACUGAAGUUUUAAACUUUUGCUGCUUGUUAAAAAGACUUAAGUUCAUCAAUUUUUGUCCAAGACGAUAUAACAUAUAGAUUGCUGAAGAACCAAUAUUGUUGAGAAAACUUUCAGAGAACGAUGUGUUGUGUCUAACCAGUUGUAUAUAUGGAAAAAAGAGAGAGAAAAAAUAAAUGUAAAAGUAUAACCUUUUUCUUCAACUGUUAGUGGUUUUGUAGCUUCAGUGGCGAUUCUAAUAUCACAUGUGUUAAAGUAAAUUGUAACAUCUAAGAGUAAUGAAGUUGCAGUUGAAGAAAACAUUUAGUUUAAUAUAUUUUUCUUUAUAAUUGUUCUAGAAAUAAACAUUUGAAUGUUGAUUUAAAUUUGUAUAUAUGUAUCUAUAAAUACUUAUAAUAUUUUAAUUUUAAAAAGCUUGGGUGUUUCCCCUAGUCUAGGUGCAAACUAAGUGUUUGUUUUAACUAUAGCUAUUUUUAUCAGUGAUUUACGUUAGAUAUGUACAAGGUGAAUAGAAAAUGUUAUACAAAUUGAGUAGUUGUGGUAAGUAAUGUUGAUGUCUAGUGUCUUAUUAGAAACUUUGCUUUCUAAUCUUUGUAGUAAGUUUACUUAGUGUGGAUGUCUAUGCAUCCUACUGUCAACUACAUGAGUGCUCUUUAGAAGUCAGAUAACAAGUCUCUCUCUCUGUUACUUAUUUUUGCAAGUUUGCUGUAAUGACACGUGCUUGCCUGAACAUUUGGAAGGCUUUAAUAUUGUCUUUCACCAGGAACAUACAGUACAAACUCUGUUAAAACUAUUAAGUUUAGAGUAGAUUAUUUAAAGCUAUAAUUAGCUGUGAAGCUCCCCACUUGAAAUAAAAGUUCAAUUCCACAAUCAUGUGUUAGAAUAUGAUUAUUGAUCAUUUAAAUCAAGUUCAUGUAUUUAAUUUUAGUCGUGAUCUUUUGAAAAACAACUUGAUAAAAUUAAACCACAUGUAGCAUAGUAAUCAUUAUUGUAUAAUUUUUUAGGGGUUUAUAUAUAAAAAAUGUAUAUAUUGUAGAAUAUAAGGACAUUUAUGUUGUUAUGAUAAUUUGUAACAUACAGCUACAUAAAGUUUUGAAUUUAAGUUUUUAUGACCAGUCUCAGGUAUCAUUAUAACACUCCCAGUACGAUUGCCUGAGUUUUGUUUAACAUCACUAAGUUUAUUUAAAUCCUCCUAGUACUGAAAAUUUUUUCAUUUAAAAAAUUUUUACUCUUGUGAGAUUUUGCUUUGAAUGUGUUUGCUUGUCUGUAUUACAUUGAGGUAAUGUCUUUCAACCAAGAGGUAAUAAUUCUGUAAUCUGUUCUGUGCAAAUCUUCUGUACUCAUACUGUUACAUCGAGUUAUUGUUUAAUCUCUAUGUAUCACAUGAUUGUAUUAAUUUUUCUUCUUGUGUGUAUUUCACUUUGAAAAUAUCUGUUGUAUCUUUAAAAUAAUUCUUAUAGACUUUUUGUUUUCAUCAUGCUGUACAGAGUAAAUGUUGUUGUGUCAUUUGUUGCCUCUGACUUUUCAGCUGCUCAGCAAUAAGUCUGAAGACUUCUGCUAAAAUCGAGUUUCGAUAUCCGUGGUGGGCAGAGCACAGAUAGCCUAUUGUGUAGCUUUGUGCUCAACAACAGAUGAACAAAAUACAAACUGACUACCCUAUAUUAAGUAGUACAUAUUACUGCUAUGCAAAUUUACUCUUUCUAAGAAGUUUUGAAGUGAUCAUUUUGCUUCUUUUUUUGAAUGUAAAAUGCCAUUCAUUAUUCAAGGAUGAUAUGAAAAUCUUUUAGGUCCACUAGUUACAAUUACCUCACAUUAUAAUCAUCUACAUUACCAUGUUUUCUGUAAAGUUCUUGUUGCUUAUAGUGGUAGAUUGUGCAACUGAAACUAGAUAAAAUAGUCAAAACAUUGGUGUGUGGAGUACUUUAAGAUAUUUUUUUUAAAUUCUACAGGCUAGUUAUCAGCAUACUCAGUGUAUUAAAAUUUAUCUAGGUGUGAAAGAUACAAGGUACUCCACAUGUUUUACCUGUUACUGUUUUUCAAUUCUGACUUUAUAGUAUAUAUUGAUAUAUAGAAAAAGCUUAGUCGAAUAUAGUUUGUUUACACCUCGAGACAAUCAUUAACUGAUGCACUUUUCCUCUUGUUAUUGGAAUUUUUUAUAUAUAUCUUGAAAUUGUUGUAAAAAUAUUUAUAUAAUAUCUGUUUGAUUAUGUGUUACUUUAGUAUAUAUAUAAAUGCAUGUAUAACCAUAACUACUUCACAUUCCUCUUAUUUUUAAAAUGUUCAGAAAUUUCCAAGUGAAGUUUAAGAAUUUUGAAGAGUUUAUUAACAGAACCUGUUCAUUUGUAAUUAAUAAGUUAAAACUUUAUUUAGGCUUAAUGUUUUUAUUUAACUUCAUUGUAAAGGAAAUGAUGCAAGUUGAAGUUCAGCGUUCUAAACUCUGUAGAUAUUCUUUUGUUCAGAACUCCUCUAUUAAAGCACUUUUUUUAUCCAAUAUUUUCUAAAAGUAUGUACAAUUGAAUAAUAUAGUGUUUUACAGAAAUUUUAUUAAAAAUGGAUGACGAGUCUUAUGAAAAAUGUUUUCUCUUAAUCUAAACUAAUGGGGUUGUUGUUGGACAAGAUAAUGAACAAAAUAUAGAUGAUAGUCUUUGAUUAGUUUGUUGGCAGAUGAAAAGUGAUGUUGUUUGAUAGGUUAACAAACAUGAGAAAUAGACAAGUCUGAUAACAAAAGUACUUCUUUGUUGGUCAUAAAUAGUUGAUGAUGUUAUAAAGUUUAACAGGAUAAUUAAUAGAAUAUAUGUAGUUGUGUUUGAUGAAAAGAUGGUAAUUCUUAAAUUGUUAUUAACAAAAAUAAAAUACAAGCUUUAAGAUCAAAAUGUAUAUUUUAUUAUAAAAUGUGAUGAUAUGGCAAUUUGAUAUGAUAAUUAGCAGAAUAUAAACGUUUAUGUGUGAAAAGAUGGCUACCAGGAGAAAGAUGGUAAUGCUUGACAUUGUUAUUGGCAAAAAAAAAAGCAAAUACAAGCCAUGUAAUAAAACAGUAUAUGUUAUUAUACAUAUUUGAAUAUGGCAGAGUUUAACAGGAUAAUUAGUAGAAUAUUGUUAUAGCUGGUUAUAUUUGAAAAGAUGCUUUGUAGAUGGAAAUUCUUAACAUUGUUAUUAGCAGAAAUAAAAUACAUAGUUAACAAUGAUAAUGUAUACUUUAUUAUAAACAAGUGAAGAUAAGUUAAGUGUUUGAUAGGGUGAGUAAAUGAAAAAACCAUGUUGGUGUUUCACUUGUAGUAAAAAAAAAACAUUGAGAGCUAUAACAUUUAACAUAGUGAAUUAUGAAAAAAGUUGUUGCUUGUAUUUUUAGUAUGUGAGGUGUAAUUGAAAAACAAAGUUUAGAAAACAAGAGACUCAAUUUUGAGGAUCUUUAAGUUUUGGAAACAAGAUGCAUUUACCUGCAUAGUUUCUGUUUACACCUUUAUCACUUUAUGGCAUUGUUUUAAAUACAUCUUUUAUUCAAAAAAUACACAACAAAUUUUUAAUAUUUUUGUCUGAACUAAACAUUUAUGUAAAAUUAUAUUAAUAAAUAGUUAAGGUGUUUUCCAGUACCACAAAUAUUAAUAAACUUAUUCUUGAUAUAUUUUGGAGGAUGUGAAUACAUUACUUAGUUAGGUGUACUAGUUGUUAAAUCUUGUCUUCUUUUGAUGUAGUAAAAUUAUGAUUUCCUAAACAUUAAUAAAACAGUCAAGCAUUUUAA